AUGGCCGAAACCAUUGUUGUCGUCGUCGGAGCCGGUGUCUCUGGAUUGACAUCGGCGCUUCUCCUCUCCAGGAAGAAGGGAUACAAGAUCACCGUCGUCGCUAAGCACAUGCCCGGUGACUAUGAUGGAGAAUAUGCCAGCCCAUUCGCUGGAGCAAACAUCGUCCCCAUGGCCGAAGAGAAAGAAAAACGUUGGGAGUCUCAAACUUGGAAAGAACUGAAACGUCUUGUUGAGGAGGCUCCCGAAGCGGGCAUUCACUUCCAGAAGUGCCAUAUCCUUCACCGAGAGCAUGAUCUGAAGAACCCAGCUGGUUUCCCUGUCCACGCAUUUAGUCCCACUCCUUGGUACAAGAACAUCUUUGACGACUUCCGCGAGCUCCCUAAGGGCCAAGUGCCUGAUGGAUAUGAUGGUGGAUGCGAGUUCACCGGCGUGUGCAUCAAUACAACCAUGUACCUGCAGUGGCUGGCAGGCCAACUACUGCGCAACGGCGUAGUGCUCAAGCGAGGUAUCGUUGCCGACAUUAGCGAGGCGAAGAACCUCAGUCACACUGGAAAGCCGGCUUCAAUCAUCAUAAACACAACCGGGCUCGGCUCGUUCAAGCUGGGCGGAGUAGAGGACAAGACCAUGUAUCCUAUCCGCGGCCAGGUUGCGCUCGUCCGUAACGAGUCGACUCCCAUGGUGAUUUGCUCCGGCUCUGCUGACGGGCCCGGCGAGGAGUUGUAUCUCAUGCAGCGAGCAGCCGGUGGAGGCACCAUCCUUGGCGGGACAUAUGACAUCGGAAACUGGGAUACCAAUCCCGACCCCAACGUAGCGUCGCGAAUCAUGUCGCGGAUCAUCAAGAUUCGACCUGAAAUUGCGGGCGGCAAGGGAAUUACCGGCCUCAGCGUGAUUCGACACGCGGUUGGUCUGCGACCAGCUCGCAAGGGAGGUGUUCGCAUCGAGAAGGAGAAGCUGGAUGACAAGACUAGCAUUGUACACAACUACGGCCACGGUGGCUAUGGAUAUCAGACAUCGUAUGGUUACGCCGAGGCUGUUGUAGAGUUGGUGGAGGAUACAAAAAGACCUGCUUCUAAGCUGUAG